GAUACGACCGGGGGCGGACUGACCAUUUGGAAACUCGGCACUGCCCGAGGGCCCGGGGUCAGUAGGGGGCCCCAUGAGAUGCCCUGGUACCUUUCAUAGCCUUUUUUUGGGUUUGGUUUGAGUGUGGGCGAGGACACAGGGGCCCCAUGAUCCCCUAUGGCCCGGGGGCCCCAUGAGUUGUCAGUCCGCCCCUGGAUACGAAACUGUGCCCUGGAGAUCAGUGCCCAUCAGUGCCGCCCACCUGUGCCCAUCAGUGCCCGCCCACCUGUGCCC